AUGCCACCACCAGUCGAGAUCUCAAUCCCCAGCACCACAAUCUCCCACCCCAGCGGCGGCGGCAAACCCUACACGUCAUACAACAUCACACUCCGGCUCCCGCUGCGGUCGUUUGUCGUGCAGAAGCGCUACUCGGAGUUUGAGCAGCUCCACACCGCCCUUGUGUCGCAGGUCGGCGCGCCGCCGCCCGCGCCGCUGCCCACCAAGAGCUGGUUCCGGUCCACCGUCAACAGCGCCGAGCUGACCGAGAAGAGGAGGGUCCAGCUGGAGGAGUACCUGCAGACCAUCGCCGGCAGCCCGGACAGGCGGUGGCGCGACACGCCCGCCUGGCGCGCCUUUCUCAACCUCCCCGCCGGCAGCACCGCUCCCUCGGCAAACAGCGUACACGGCGCCAUCACCACGACGGCGGCGGCGGCGGGCGGCGGCGUCGUCGAUGCGGCCGAGUGGAUCGAGCGCCACAGGCGCAUGAACGACACGCUGAGGGAUGCGCGCUCCUGCCUGGCGCGGCGCGACGCGGCCGCCGCGGAGGCUGGGUCCGGCGGCGUCGCGGGCCUGAGCAGCAGUCGGGCGGUCGAGGCGGGGGCGGCGGCUAAGAUGGCGCUCACGCAGGCCGGGAGGAUGCUGAGCGCUCUGGAGGACGACCUGGCCAGGCUGAAGAAGGAAGGCGGGCUGGGGAAGGGUGAGGUGCGGAGGCGGGAGGAUAUGGUCAAGGAGGCGCGGGAGGAUCACAGGUGGCUGACGCAGCUGUCGGCGACGCUGUCGGGCGGGGCGCCGACGUCGGGAGGCACGGGGGGAGUGGCGAGCGCGGCGGACCGCGCGGCGCUGGUGGGCAAGGGCAAGCCCAGGCAGGGCGGGAGGGUGCUCGGGGCGCCGCUGCAGGAGACGGAGCGGACUCGCGAGCUGGACAACGCUGGGUUGCUGCAGCUGCAACGGCAGACGAGGGAGGAGCAGGACGAGGACCUCGAGGUGCUGACGCGGGUGAUUCGCCGGCAGAAGGAGAUGGGCCUCGCGAUCGAGGAGGAGGUCAAGCAGCAGACCGAGAUGCUUGACCGGAUGAACGAGGACGUCGACCGGGUCGGCGGCAAGAUAAAGGUCGCCAAGGACCGGACGAGGAAGCUGGGGUCAUGA